AUGUCACUGCCGAAGGUCACUGCCGACGGGAACCAGCCGGAACAGCCGGUCGUCAUCGGGGUCGGUCUCCCCGCAGGAGCCACGGCAGUCGUCGCGGAAGUCGCCUCUGGAGCAACGGGAGUUGUCGUGCCUGGGACGGGAGUUGUCCACGCCGGAGAGGCAGUCGCUGCACAAGAGACGGGAGUUGUCACGCCGGGGACGGCUGUUGUCGCCGCCGGGACGGGAGUCGUCCACGCCGGAGAGGCAGUCAAGGCAGGAGAGACGGGAGUCGUUGCACCGGGGACGCCCGUCGUCACCGCAGGGGCGGGAGUUGUUGCCUCCGCCCCCGCCUCUGGAUUUGUGCGUUGA